AGUCCCUUUAAUUAAUACAGAUGAAGAUGUUGUUGAACCUGAUGGUUCUAGUUGUGGGCGGAGUAGUUUAUGGUCAGGAGACGGGGCAGAGGGUUGGAUCAGGGCUGGGUGAGGGACAGGGAGCUCAGAUAGCUGCUAGCCAGGAAUACGAUUAUAUUCUGGAGUGCCCUGAGGAGGAUGGUUUUUUUGCAGACACACUGCAGUGCGAUAAAUAUUAUGAAUGUGUGGAUGGAGUGGCAACAGAAAAGCUGUGCGCUGACGGGCUUGUAUUCGAUGAAUCGAGUAAAAAGUUUGCUAUCUGUAAACUCCCGGCCGGGAAUGACUGCAAGGACAGACCUGAGCAACAGGAGCCAAUCCCUUCUGAAAACUGUCCUAGACAGAACGGGUACUACCCUGACCCUGACCCUGCAGUCUGUGAUUCCUUCUUCUUCUGUACCGAAGGGAAGGCCAACCCUCUCACCUGCUCCAGUGGACUUGUAUUUGAUCCUAGCCUGGGCAGCUGUGGUUGGAAGGAUGCUGUGAAGAGAGUUGGAUGUGAGGCAAAGGACAAGGCAAAGAGUGGUUGCCCUGACAAGGGUGGCUCCCCUCAUGAGUACACCAGAUAUGCUAAUCCUGAUGACUGUGAAUCCUUCUUCCUGUGUAUUGGUGGAAUAACCCGACCCAGUGGUUGUGAAAAGGGAAAAGUAUUUGAUCCUGAAACAUUCACAUGCGAGAGACCGUCUAAAGUAGAAGGACCGUGUAAGGACUGGUUUAAGAAUAAGAACACAGGCGAAGAGACAAGUGACUCCGAAGAGUAUGAUGAAUAACGAAGAUUGUGUUGUCCAAAUAUUAAUAUCAUGUUCAUAUUUCGUAUUUUAAAAAUUUAAGGAAGGGGGUAUUUCAUUUUCCAUGUUUUAUUUUGUAAUUAUUUCGUGAAAAUAUAUUUAUAUCAAAUUGA